GCAAUAUAUCUACACAUCACCACUACUGUGCGUGAAUACUUUGGACUAACGCGCAGGUAGGCAGGUCUUGGCGCCUUACUUCGCGCGGUCCGGAGUGCACUUACAGCGCGAACCUCUUACAAAGCGCUUGCGCCUUACAAGCGCCCCGUCGAGGUCAUGCGGAGCCACAUAUCUGCAGCGGCCGCGGCUGCUGGCCGCUGUGGACCGUUUUGCGGCUUUGGGCGCAUUCGGCUCGUCCAAAUGUUCUCAGUGCUAGUGGUGCUCCUGGCGGGUACUCGCGCGAGCAACGCCGCCGCUACUGGUCGCCUAGCGCAGCGCCGCUCUACUCAGUUCGACGACAAUGGGCCUGGUGUCACGGCCACAUACAAGUGUGGAUCGGGUAGCUAUGAGUUCGGCACGGUGGAUGUUAUCUUCUCCACGGACUACUUGGCCAACGUCUCCACGGAGGUCACCUACAACCUCACAGUGCUGAGCUUCCCCAACCCCUCGGGACCUUUCCCCUCCGAUGUGCCUCCUGCUGCGGAAGUCAUCGGCAGCGUGCGCCUCAUCGCCAACUCGCCGGCAGGCUCGGUGACUGUGGAGAUCACGAACAAGUUCGGACAGGCCUGGCCCGCUGGAACCGUUGUCAGCUGGGCCAGCCCACUCUUCUAUGACCUCAGCCGCUGCACCAUUGCUCCCGAGCGCCUGCAAGCCGAGACGCCCCUGGAGAACGUUCUCAGCCCCGCUGACGCCGCGGAUGGCGUCAAGACCACCAUCUCCUUCUCACUGCCCUGGUACCGCCUGUCGCGCCCGCGCAUCUCACCCUUUGGCGAGGCGCCGUGCGAGCGCCCGACCCAGAUCGCGGCCCUGUUGGUCAAGGUAUACCUGCCACCUGCCGGACCGGGCCAACGCCGCGCCCUGCAGCAGUCCGGCUCAUUGGGCGCCUUCUCGGGCUCCGUGGCAUGGGGUGGCAAGGGCACCUGCGACGUGCCCGUUGACGACAACAACUACUCCCACUACCCCUUCCGCAUCAUGGACAUUGACCUAGCGUGUGACUGCCUCAUCGACCAGCCCACAUGCAACACCGGAGAUUUCGAGCUGCGCACACCGCCCGGCAUCCUCCUGCCCCAGCCCCUUGACUUGAGCCUGCUGCACUUUGCUGGCAACGUCUCAUCGAAGGACUACCAAUACAUCCCCGACCUGAAGGGAUACGGUUUUAUCAGCGUCAGCGGUGGCGUGCUGCGUGCCAGGCUGAUUACUAAAGAUGGCAGCCCCUGGCCCCUGGGCUCCCGCUUUUCCUGGUUGGUGGCCCCGGAUGAUGGCGGCGCGCCCCCCAGCUUCGGUGCGCCCCCUGGUGCUGACGCCCCGCCCGGCGAGGGUGCAGGCACCCCGCCUGGCGAGGGUGCUGGCCCCAAUAACCCGAUGUGCACCAUGCCCUCUCUCAUCGCGCCCCAGCCCGACCUCCCGAACACAAUCAUCGUCACCGACUCCUCAACCACCGAGAUCCUUAUCGAGAUUCCCACCAGCACUCUCAACUUGGACAGCGAGGUUCCGCUUGACGGGCCCGAUUGCAGCGGCCCCUUCUCUGUCUUCCGCUCCUUCACCGUAGGCGCCACCACGCUGUACAUCAAGGCCGUCUUCCCUCUGUCGGCCGAGCCCGCUGGCACGGCAGGCGGUCAUCGCCGUCUGGCGGCCACGUCCAACUCCCGCGGCCUCCUCCAGACCAGCCCCAUCGACCCGAACUCGGUGUCCUACCUGGGUAUCGACGCCGUCUGCCCCGGCCCUCCCGUGGUCUGGGCCAGCCGCCUGUCGUUCCGCUGCGGCUGCCGCAAGCUCCCGCCCAGCCCACCCUCGCCGCCCAGUCCCCCACCUCGUCCGCCCAACCCUCCUCCGCCUGCCGACAGCGGCUUCCCCUUCUGCCGGUGCAGCAAGCGCAAGCUCAACGUCUCACCGUACCGCCUGGCCAUCACCAGUGAGGACUACGGCCUAGGCACCGGCGGCCUGGGCCCCGACAGCCUGGGCAUCAGGUACCACCAGAUCUGCUUUGCCGUGGGCCCCUUCGCGCGCUGCAACGCCACCACGUCGCCCUGCUGCAACAUGACCAUUAAGAAGCUGGAGCUGCUAAUCCGCCCUGAGUGCCGCACCGAGUAUCCACGCCCCGUGCGCGCCAUCAUCGUCAACAACCGCACCACCCUCUCGCCCACCUUCUCCAACCAUAUUGGCGCCACUGGCGAAGAGUUCACAGUCCUGGGCGUGACCAAGCUGGACAAGGUUCCGCCAAAGGCAAACGGCUCGCCCGUUAUGGACAUCUGCUUUCGCCUGGCUGCAAACAGCAGCUGCGGCUUUGCUGAUAGCCUUUGCGAUGGCCGUGGUGACUCGGGCUGCCUGUACAGUAUUUUCGGCGCCGAGGACAGCAACUGCUGCCCCCGGGGCUAUCUUGACCUGUUCUUCGGUCGCCGCUAAGCAAGCGCGCGAGCGAGAGUCCUAUGCUACACACCCUUCAAUAAAUGGUCGUGAGCUCAGCAGCAAGACCUUACUUGCUUGUCAUGACAAGCAGUCUGCAUGGCGCCCGUGUAUGCAUGGGCGUCCAGCACGCAUGCACACGUACUUAUGCUUGUAGGUCAGGUCAAACCCAGGCUUGAUUUGGGCAUGCUGAGAGUCUCGACGUUCCUUUUUCCACUCGAGUCGGGAGCGCGCGCAGGAUCGUUUCGCACUGCUUCUGUUGUUGAAUUCAACGUAAUGCACGGGACAUAAGGAAUGGUUGAUUUGUCGCAGGAUGGACGGCGGACGUGUGGGUAUCGGAAGAGGGAGGGCAGGGGGGGGGCAAGGGCUGGUUUUACCAAACCUCCCUGCAGUAAACUCACCCUGCCUUAUCGGAAGAGAAACGUGCUUGCACUACUAGCGCGCGCUGCUGCUGGUCGCCAUGUCCCAUGUGAUGAAAUGGCGGCACAGUGUUUUCUUGGUUGUCAUCUUUCUUGGUUGCACCGGUAAAUGAGGGUGAAUGAUUUUGGCUUUUCCUUAUACAGUCUCCUUACUUUGUGCUGUACAUAGCUACGGUAGUUUGGGAACACCCCUGAAUGAUCAGUAAGGAUGGCAAGACGUCCGUGCUAUAUGUCGCGCACGCACACGUCAAACUGCAUGC